AUGGUAGUUAGGGAUUUAGUAAGUUCUAUAGCUCGGAAGCUCCCAUAUUCAAGCUCGAUCCCAGGAUUUAUAUGGGAGGCUCUAGAUAGUUCAAAGGUCGAGAAAGAAGAGAAAGCGGAAUCGUUUGAGGAUGCCAGGGACAAGAUACACAGUAGAAUUUUGAGAAUGCGGCUCCAUAAUGCAGAGGAGGAAGAUGAGAGCACUUUGGUCACUUCAGCAAGUGUUGAUGGAGAUCAUUCGGGGAAUAAGGACUUUGAUUCACAGGUAGACUUUAAGGAUGUAAGAGUAAGACAGUACUUGAAUGAACAGAAUAAUAAGUUUAACGAACUCAUCAACAAUAACUUUGAUGCUUACUUGAAACAACAGCGAUUCAAUGAGGUAGAAAGGUACGAAGAGAGUAUAAAAAUUCCAUUAAUUAAGAUGAAAAAUAAAUUGUGGUCGUUCGCUAAGGGAAAACGGAGUCCAGAAAUACGACAUUUUGAAGAUGUUGAUUGUCCCAGCCUUUUGGAUGGUUCUACAACUCACGUAGAAUCUUUUUUGGCUUCUCUUGAUGCUCCUACGAAAAAGUCGCUCUAUGCUGCUCUCGUGAAGGAGAUAGGUGAUCCUGAAAAUUACCAAUCUCGCAAUGAACAUGCUUCAAAUAAGAUUGAGGCUAUUAUGAUCUUGAUGGUAAAGUUGUUGUUUGUUUUCUUGAAACUUGCUGUCCCGACAAUGCAUUAUGUCUACAUGAAGGCAUUGAAUAACGAAAUGUUCAUCAUUAACGAACGCAAUCUCAAUAAGUUCUUAUCUUAUACACUUUGGUUAUUACAAAAAGUCGAAAAGAAGCUGCAUCAUGAUACACUGCCAGCAGCUGGUGAAAGAGCAGGUCUCGAUGUUAUGUACUACCAAGUUGCCGCGGAUACUAAGUCUUUCAUCCGUUCUAACUUCAACAACCCUCUAGUUGAUUACAUGUUGCUUAAAUUUGCGCCUGAAACGACCCCGAAAUAUUACAGCAAUCCCAACUACGCUCAGUAUUUUGCACCCUCCUCUAGCGAUAGUGAAAGUUCGCAGUCCAGCGCUGCAGCCAGCAAUAACUCUAGCGUUCAGGAGACCUCACUAUUUCUGGCGGCCAAGCAAUUUCUUGACCAAAUGGACCCCUGA